CCAUAACAUAAGAUGCAUUUUCAUAUAUAACUCAGCGUCAUUGGCCUUCCAUAUCAUCCACGAUUAGGGUUUUAAGCAGCCGAACGUUGCUCGCCAAAAACUAGAUUCGGAUCGCUUCCGUCUCGCAAACAUGGGUAAAACACAUGGAAUGGGAGCUGGACGCAAGCUAAAGUCCCAUCGCAGGCGACAAAGAUGGGCAGACAAGUCAUACAAGAAAUCUCAUCUUGGAAAUGAAUGGAAGAAGCCAUUUGCUGGUUCUUCUCAUGCGAAAGGCAUUGUUCUUGAAAAGAUUGGUAUUGAGGCUAAGCAGCCUAACUCUGCUAUCAGAAAGUGUGCUAGAGUUCAACUCAUCAAGAAUGGAAAGAAGAUUGCUGCUUUUGUUCCCAACGAUGGUUGCUUGAACUACAUUGAAGAGAAUGAUGAAGUCUUGAUUGCUGGAUUUGGGAGAAAGGGGCAUGCUGUGGGAGAUAUUCCUGGAGUUAGGUUUAAGGUUGUGAAGGUUUCUGGUGUAUCUCUUUUGGCUCUUUUCAAGGAGAAGAAGGAGAAGCCAAGAUCUUAAGUUUUGAAGAGGUGGUUUACAUUGUUAUUAAAUUUCAUACUUUUUUCAAAGAGCCUAAAUGGUAUUGUUGUCUUUAUGACUUGUUUUGCAGACAAUGCAUCAUUAAUUUCGGUAGUGUGUACUUAUUUUUGAAGUAUUUUACAUAAAUUGUUCAUGUGGUUUUGUCCAA